UAUUUUGUUGAACAAUCAUAUUUAUUCAACACGCUCACGUAUUUUUACAACCGCGUUAAUUUAUCCCAUUAAAUAUCCAAUACCUAAUUUCCUUUCUAUAUAAACGCACCAUCUUAAUUUGUUCCUAUAUCCUCACAUUAAUUUAGUCUUCCAUUUCAUUUCACUACAACUAACUACAGUCACAUUAAAACCUCAAAUAUUAAUAUUGUGUUCAUUUGCUCAUAACAUGGCCGAUAACAAACAACCACAAUUGAACGGUGCCUACUAUGGCCCUGCCAUUCCACCACCGGCACAACCCCGCUACAGCCAUCACCGAAGUAGAAGCUGUUGUUCAUGUCUCUUCGGUUUCCUUUGGAAGCUCCUAGUCGCACUCAUCGUUCUAGCUGGCCUCGCAGUUCUUAUCUUCUAUCUCGUUGUUCAACCACGCUCCUUCAAAUUCUAUGUCACGGAAGCUAAUCUAAAUAAAUUCGAAUACACAAACAACACAUUACACUAUGAUAUGGUGCUCAACUUCACUGCCCGGAAUCCAAACAAAAAGCUCAGUAUCUACUACGACAAAGUGGAGGCUCGAGCAUUCUACGAAGGGGAAAGGUUUGCAAAUGUCGAUGUGAUCACACAUAUGAACUCGUUUCGCCAAUACAAGAAAAGCAGCGAUCCCAUGAGCGGUGUUUUCUCGGGACAACAGUUGUUAAUGCUAGACAAUGGUCAAGUCUCUGAGUUCAACGAAGAUAAGAAUAUUGGAGUUUAUGAUAUCUAUGUGAAGCUCUACUUCAGAAUUAGGUUUAGACUCGGGGAUUUGAUAUCGGGUAAUUACAAGCCCAAGGUGAAAUGUCACCUCAAAGUUCCAUUGACUUCGAACAAUACCACCGCAACCUUCACUCGACUUGUGCCUACCAAGUGCGAUGUUGAUUUCUACUAACUACCCAUCUAAUCGUUUUCUUGGCACAAUAGUAUUAAUCGGGAUUUGGUUUCUUUACGCUUUUGUUAUUGUUUCUAUAUUGUGUAGGUGAUAUAUGUUGCUAUUUUAUUCAUUCUUUGAUUGUAUAUUAACGAUCAUACCUUCUAUAUAUGCAAUAAAACAAAUAUUAUUUUCUUUA